AUGUCAACAUUUUUACUCGACUUCCUGCGACGAUGUCCGAUCACUGGGUAUAAAGCUGGUCAGGUAUUGCUUUCCCAUUCCGACAAUAACAAAAACUGUCGGGAUCCACACGAGUUCUGCAAACAAGUAGAAAAAUUGGUAUCGAAGGCGUUGAAAGAAAGAUCGUUGAGAGAAUUGGAUAUCUCUGCACUAUUAUCGGAGAUGUUCGCAUUAGUAGCCAAAUAUCGCGUCUACCUCGACUCUUCAUUCACAUCCGUUGUUUUGUCAGUGUUGGUAUUGGAAGGAUUUGGGAGAUCUCUGGAUCCAGACCUCGAUUUAUUCCAAUGUGCUCGGCCAUACUUGCUAAAUAUGGUAUAG